AUGUAAUUAAAAAGAAAAGUAGUUCUUCAGUCAAAGAUUAAGAUUAAUUGAAAGCGUUGUAUUUAUGUAAGAAGAUACAUUUUAUGAUGAAUCAAAUUUCCCUCAUUCAUCAAGACCCUACAAUAUUUAUUUCAAGUCAAUGGCAGUCAAACAAAAAUAGACCCACUAUUAAAUACCUCUUGUAUCGUACCAUAAUUAUGCUGAUAUUCAUCAUAACAUGGAUAAAAGCAAUUUUAACCGAUGGUCCAAUAUGGUUCAAAUAUUUUACAAACUGGGGUUAUACGAUUUGUACAAUUCAAGCCAUAUUAGUAUUCUUAAUGAUAUCUGCUAAAAAAUGUUCUUGUGAAAAUGUAUUAGAGAAGCUCUACCCACUCUAUUGGAUGUUAAACAUUGUAGGAACGUCCUUGGCAUUUUUUAUCACUGCUAUUUAUUUCUCUGUUUUGCAUGACUAUCAACAAACAAUCAGUUUAUUAAAUUAUUUAGUCCAUGGAAAUAAUUCUUUAUUGAUGUUUAUAGAUCUGUUGAUUGUUGCCCAUCCAAUGCAUAUUCCACAUGGAGUUUAUCCGGUUACGUUCGGAUUAGUUUAUAUCAUAUUUAGUAUAAUUUAUUUUUUAAUUUACCCAACCAAUGGAACUAUCUAUCAAAUUUUAGAUUGGUCGAAGCCGUUGGUAACUAUAGGUAUAUGUCUUUCACUGAUUGGAGUGCUAAACUUUUUUCAUUUGAUAGCGGCACUGAUGUCACAGUUAAGACAGGACAUACAUAAAAAAUAUUUUAAUAAUAAUUAACGAUAUUACAAUAAAC